CACCUUCAAAGACAGCCCCUGGGCGUCAGACAUCCUGAAGGAGCGGCAGAGCUGGGUGUCGGCACUGUGGGUUCUGGACUGGAUCAGGAGAGGACCACCAACGGAAGCACCUAUCAUGGCUACAGCGGGCACCUCAGGGCAGAGCGGCUUCGGGCUCGGCCGGAAAAAGAAGAAUCCCGGUCUGAUGGAUCAGAUUAGCAAAUUCUUUGGAGGCAACAAAAAGAAGAGGAGCAAGGGCUCCUUCAGAGGUCACCUGGCCGCCUCACCCCAGCAGUCCUCUGCUCGCCGUCGGACCAAUGAAAACGCUGUGGUGCAUUUCUUCAGGAGCAUCGUUUCCUCUCCUCCUCCUAAACCUAAGUGGAGAGACGUCUUGGGUUUGAGCGACUCACUGCUUCUGGAUGACUUUGCAACCGCUCGACUAUUUAUGAACCGGCCUCGUCGUCGCGUGCCGAGAGCACAAAGUCCCCAAUCAGGAGACGCAGAGACCAAAGCACGCUGUCCAGAAUCUUCAACCUGUGAUGCUCUCACCAGAGAUCAGGAGAAGCCAAGUCCCGUCCACCCCCAAAACGCUGGAGCACCAUCUUCUAAGCUCACCGCUGAGGACCAAACCACAGAUCCGACACCGAUGGGAUCCGAAGGAGUUAGAGGAGGGAAGACGGAUCUGCAUGUGGCAGACUCACAACCUCAAGAAAUGUUAACACACUAACACAAGCCUCCUGUAAUUUACAGACAACGUUGUAAAGGAUCCACUCUGUGGUAUGCCACUUUUCCUUUUAACUCUACUUGUGAGGAAUUAUCCAGCUGUUUAUAAGAGGUUCCAUCCAAAUAUCCUGUUGUAAGAAUCAUCUUUGUCUGAUGGUGCUAGUGUUUGCUGUCUGAGGUUUGUUCAUGGCAGAUGUUUGUUUCUCGACGUGUCUGCUGUCGUCUGCAUUUUGUACACAAGCGAUGCUUUAUGGAUCCUGCAGCCCACACACCAAACAAACCUCUGUUUUUGUUUCCUGUGUGGAAUCCAGACAGAAAGUGGUUCUGCUGUGCUCGAGUCCUGUGUGAGAAUGUUUAAUGUUGCUUUACGGUAACUGUUUGUGUCUCAUUAUGCCUGAGUGUGAUUAAUGAGCAUGUACAGUAUGAUGCUACUUUACUCUAUCCAAACAUAAAGUGCCCUUUUCAAAUGCACUGUUACAUAACCACAAUAUGUCCUAAAAAAGUAGAGCUGUUCUGUUGUUUUUUCUUUCAUCGACUUUGUUUAAUAUAUUUGAUCUGUUUGUAUCUCAAAUGAAGGUUUUUUUUAUUUGUGUUGUAUUUAGAAAAUGACAGAUGUGGUUUGUUUUAGGUGAUGGUUAGCUUGUAAGUAGUUGAAAAGGAUUCAGAAGCGGCAGGAUGGUGUGAGGAGCACAGAGUAUGAUGGAUUCAAAUGUUCUGAGGCAUGCUUUCUUAUUUUUAUCCCUUUUUAUGCUCUCUUUAACAGAAAAGCACUGUAAAUAUAGUUUUCUCGAGGUUGCUGACCCAUUUAUAAAACUGUUGUUUCCACUUAAUGUAGAGUCUUUCAUUUAAUGUAGAGUUUAACUAAUAAUAAACUCCUUUCGUCCU